CUGGUACUACUCCUACAUAAGAAGAAGUCCUCCCGACUCCCAUCGCGAUCCCUCGCCCUGCUCUGCUGCAGUGGGAGUAGGACAAGCGGCCGCGUCGCUCUCCGGUUCCAUCCAUCCACGGAGUAGUAGAGUGUGCCAGUAUUAGUACGAGUGGCAGUUUAUUCUGCGUCCUGCUUCGUUCGUCGGUGAGGAGGAGGAGGAGGAGAGAGGGAGGGGGGCAGAGUGGGCGCGGCGGCAUUUCGGAGGGGGAUGUGUAGCGGCGGCGGCGGCUAGGGUGGUGGUUUGCUGUUCUUCGAGCUAGCAUCUGUAGUAAUUCUCGCAAGUUAUUUGAAGGACAAAUAUGGCUACUAUUCAAGAUAUAGGUGUCUCUGCAGCUAUCAACAUACUGAGUGCCAUCACUUUCCUGCUAGCGUUUGCUUUCCUGCGACUACAGCCCAUCAACGAUAGGGUUUACUUCCCAAAGUGGUAUCUCAAAGGUGCAAGAGAGAGUCCAAGUCAUGGGGGUGCAUUUGUGCGGAAGUUUGUCAAUUUGGACAUGCGAUCAUACUUGAAGGUCUUAAGUUGGAUGCCUGCUGCUCUCAAAAUGCCAGAGGAUGAGUUAAUUAGCCAUGCAGGCCUUGAUUCAGCUGUCUAUCUGCGGAUCUACUUAAUAGGGCUUAAAAUAUUUGCUCCAAUCACAGUUCUAGCAUUUAUUAUUCUUGUGCCUGUUAAUUGGACCAAUAUUACCCUUCAAAGCUCGAAGGUGCAGCACAGUGAUAUUGACAAACUUUCAAUAUCCAACAUACCUGUAGGGUCAAAGAGGUUCGCAGCUCACCUGACCAUGGCUUAUGUUUUCACAUUUUGGACAUGCUAUGUGCUGUUACGGGAGUAUGAAAUAGUGGCAACAAUGCGUCUGCGCUUUCUUGCAUCAGAGAAGCGCCGCCCAGAUCAGUUCACGGUCCUUGUGCGGAAUAUACCGCCUGAUCCUGAUGAAUCAAUUGGUGAGCUUGUGGAACAUUUCUUCCUUGUAAACCAUCCUGACCAUUAUCUUACGCACCAGGUUGUCUAUAAUGCAAAUAAGCUUGAUAAGAUGGUCAAAGAGAAGAAGAAAAUGCAGAAUUGGCUUGAUUACUAUCAGCUGAAAUAUGAAAGAAAUACAUCUCAAAGGCCUACUACAAAGACUGGUUUUCUUGGAUGUUUUGGUUCAAAGGUGGAUGCUAUUGAAUACUACACAUCUGAAAUUGAGAGGAUAGAAAAGGAAGAAACUGAUGAACGUGGAAAGAUUAUGAAGGAUCCAAAAUCAGUUGUGCCAGCAGCCUUUGUUUCCUUCCGAUCGCGGUGGGGAGCAGCAGUGUGUGCUCAGACACAGCAAACCAGUAAUCCAACUGUCUGGUUGACCGAGUGGGCCCCAGAACCUCGUGAUGUCUAUUGGGAUAACCUCUCUAUUCCUUUUGUUUACCUGACAAUUAGGAGGCUGAUAAUUGCGGUUGCAUUCUUCUUCCUGAACUUCUUUUAUGUGCUCCCGAUUGCAUUUGUUCAGUCCCUUGCAAAUAUUGAAGGGAUUGAGAAGGCAGCUCCAUUUCUGAAGCCUUUGAUUGAAAUGCGUACUAUUAAAUCAUUCAUCCAAGGAUUUCUGCCAGGAAUUGCUCUGAAGAUUUUCCUUAUAUUGCUCCCUAGCAUAUUAAUGUUUAUGUCUAAAGUUGAAGGAUUGACAUCGGUGUCCUCACUGGAGAGGAGAUCUGCUUUUAAGUACUAUAUCUUCUUGUUCUUUAAUGUAUUCUUGGGAAGCAUUAUUGCAGGAUCUGCUUUAGAGCAGCUCAAAACAUUUCUUCACCAAUCAGCAAAUGAAAUACCAAGGACAAUUGGUGAAGCAAUUCCAAUGAAAGCAACCUUUUUUAUAACAUAUGUAAUGGUUGAUGGUUGGGCUGGGGUAGCUGGUGAAAUUUUAAGAUUGAAACCAUUGAUAAUCUUCCACUUGAAAAACUUUUUCUUGGUCAAGACUGAGAAAGACAGAGAAGAAGCAAUGGACCCUGGAAGCAUUGGUUUUGACUCAAAUGAGCCUCAAAUACAGCUCUAUUUCUUGCUCGGACUUGUCUAUGCUGUGGUGACACCAUUUUUGCUUCCUUUCAUAUUAAUAUUCUUUGGGUUAGCAUAUGUGGUAUACCGUCACCAGAUAAUAAAUGUGUACAACCAAGAAUAUGAAAGUGCAGCAGCAUUUUGGCCAAGUGUUCAUGGACGCAUAAUUGUAGCAUUAAUCGUAUCACAGCUGCUUCUCCUUGGAUUACUAAGCACAAAAGGUGCUGGCCAGUCAACACCGGUGCUCCUUGUUCUCCCUGUUGUAACCUUUUAUUUCUAUAAAUACUGCAAGAAUCGCUAUGAGCCUGCUUUUGUGGAAUAUCCAUUACAGGAUGCAAUGCGGAAGGAUACCCUAGAACGCGCAAGAGAGCCAGGGUUCGACCUCAAAGGAUACCUGAUGAAUGCCUACAUCCACCCGGUGUUCAAAGGCGACGAGGACGACGAGAAGUUCUCCAUCUCCGACGAACCAGAGGCGGAGCAGGUUCUCGUGGCGACAAAGCGCCAGUCCAGACGGAACACCCCAGUUCCGAGUAAAUACAAUGGCUCUGAAUCACCUUCCCUUGCUGAAAUUGUAAAUGAUCAACGGCUAUAAAUAUAAUAGAGGUGAUGGCUAGUAGGUUUGUAGUUUCGACAUGUACAUUAAAGAGCACCAAUAAUGGUUUUGAGGAUCGGUUUUGUUUACAGCAAGGAGGAAUGGCAAAAUAUAUAUAUAUAUACCAAUGGGCUCCCGAUGUUGCUUUCCUGUA